ACAAAUUAGGACCUGCACUAUGCCAUAAAGGAAAAUGUGCCAUGAGCCUAAUGCCAUAUUGAAUCAUUGAUAGAAUGUUAACAAUCUUUAAAACCUUAUGGCAGGAAGACUGGUGGUAUGGGAGCUGCACAUAAGCUGAAGGUCCACAGAAGGAAGCAGAGGUGGGCUGACAAAGCAUAUAAGAAAAGUCACCUUGGCAAUGAAUGGAAGAAGCCUUUUGCUGGCUCUUCUCAUGCAAAAGGGAUUAUUUUGGAGAAAAUAAGCAUUGAGGCGAAGCACUCAAAUUCUGCCAUCCGAAAGUGUGCUCGGGUGCAGUUGAUUAAAAAUGGGAAGAAAAUUGCUGCUUUUGUUCCCAAUGAUGGUUGCUUAAAUUUCAUUGAGGAAAAUGAUGAAGUGCUGAUUGCGGGAUUUGGUCAUAAAGGGCAUGCAGUUGGAGAUAUUCCUGGUGUCAGGUUUAAGGUUGUUAAGGUCUCGGGUGUGUCUCUAUUGGCUCUCUUCAAGGAGAAGAAGGAGAAGCCUAGAUCUUAGGCUACCAGGUCUUGACUAUUGACUAGACUUGCAAGGUUCUAGAUGAUUUUGGAGAAUCACUAGUUGCUUUAUUCUUUUUUAUUUGAGGCAGUUAUGUUUUUUUUAUCUUGAUAAUUGCAUUAUUGAAGAGAAUUUUGAGCCUCUUAGGUUUCUUGUAAUUAAAGUGAGAUUUUGUACCUGUCAUAAUGUUUUGCUAAGCCACUAUUGUACGCUUUGUUCAA